GCGGAGGCUGCGCGGCCAAGGGGGAGGGCCGGGGGAGUGGACGUCGUCCCUGCCAGCCGCCCGCCGCCCCCCGCCCGCAGGCUCCCGAGCCUCAAUCUGCGCUGAGCAUCCCGCUGCCCCGGACUCUCCCGCGGGCGCGCACCGGGCUCAACUCAGGCUCAGGACUGCAGGUGGGCAUCUCCACUGCCCAGGAAUCACUGAGGGAGCCUCCUUGGAAAGCGGCCGUAUUGGAGUUCCUCCUCGGCAUGGGCCUUGCCAUUGAGGCAGCUCCGCUGUCUGUACUGAUUUGAGGGUACUGCCCGUCAUGGGGGCAGCCAUCUCCCAGGGGGCCCUCAUCGCCAUCGUCUGCAACGGCCUCGUAGGCUUCUUGCUGCUGCUGCUUUGGGUCAUUCUCUGCUGGGCCUGCCACUCUCGUUCUGCCGACGUUGAUUCUCUUUCUGAAUCUAGUCCUAAUUCCAGCCCUGGCCCCUGUCCUGAGAAGGCACCACCACCCCAGAAGCCUAGCCAUGAAGGCAGCUACCUGCUGCAGCCCUGAAGGCCCUUGACCUACCCUGGAGCCUGGGACCUAAGUCUACCCCACUCAGAUCCUGGAAUCAGGAUUCCAGAGUUCAGCCAGCCUGGGGUCCAGAACUUGGAGUUAAGCUUGUUUACAGCUGGACCCAGAAGCCCAGAGUCUAGCCAGCCUGGCUCCAAGAGAGGCUCUGGUGGCCCUAGAGAGACAGGCCUGGGGUGGGGGUUCAGGUGUUGGUGCUAGGGCCAGGGCCAUCUGAACUCUGCUCCAUCCCAAGGGCCAAGGGCUGGAUUUACCCUUUCACUAGGCUCAGCACCUUUGGGCCCUCUAGGUUGGGAAAGCAAAUUGGAACCCAUGGCAAUAAUGGGAGGGUGUCCAGGGUGGGCUCCUCCCCUGGUCCUCCCACUGUUUGCUGGAUAAUAAAUGGAACUAUGGCUCUA